AUGCAAUACUACACGAGACGCCGCUCUACUGCGUGUACAGGCCAGCCCCCUCCGCCUCAAGCAUCGCGAGAAGACACCCCGCCAUCGAGUGGAGAAGCUCCGCCGAGAAGCGAAGAGUGUCAACAGGGGUCCCGUGCUGAGCCGCAGCGUGAAGAUCAAGAGCGAGGCGGGGGAAGGUACGGGCUAAGGGUGCUACCCCGGCGGGCGCAUCCGACACGGGCGAUAAAAGGGGGACAAUCUCUCCUGCCCAAGCGACGCACUGUCCUUGGGGCCCUUGAGCAAAACUGCUCGGUGUGUGAUGCAUGGCCUCACACGGCGCCAGCUGCAGGCUCGCCAGCCCCUCAGCCGCCCCCGCCAAAUUCCACAUCCGGCACAUGCUCAGCGUGGGAUCUCUCCCCGCGCGGCUGGGGAGAGGCGCAGUCGGAACUCCGCGCGGCAGAAACAUCCCCACCUGGGCCGGAGUCUGGCCAACCGUAUUUUGAGGAGCAGGGUAACCUGGGGCUUGGCGGCGUCCGCGGAACGGCCCCCUCGCCGCUGCAGCUGGCAGAUACUCCCGCAAGGUCGGAGCGCGCAGCGGAGCGGCUUCAACCGCAACAGGUGCGGUGGGGGGCUCAGUGGUCACAGACACGUGAACGUGAGCUGCUGCCCCCGACGCUUCCACCUCCCGCACUGCAUCCGCCACCAUAUUCCCCGCGCGGUCAGCAGUGGAGCCCUGGCCACGACUACCCCCGCCGCGCGCAUAACCAUUCCGCCGCCCACGACGCCCUCCAGACCCAGCCGACUGAGGAUGGGGCGGGGACUGCUCACUGCGGCGAGAAUCCCAACGGCCCGCAUGAGCCCCGCGGCCCCGACGCGGAGGCGACGGCCGCGGCGUCCGCUGCGGAGGGGACCGCUCCCGCGGGGAGCGCUUCUCCGGCGACCUCUCAGAAGAGCGGUAGCGGCGGUCGCGAUGCUGAAUUUCCCGCUGAUAUUUGUCCCAUCGCCGCCGAGAGUCAUGCGGCUCGGGGGCGCGACGCGCAGGGGACGCGGGUCGAUAUCCACGAGGCGGCGGGGACCGGCCCCGCUCCUGACGCGCCGGCAAGGCAUUCGAGGCGACGACUAGGGGAGCACGGGAUUGCUCAGGAGACGCGUGACGAUCCGCCCCGCGCAGCGGAAGAGACAACCCGCGCUCAAGACGGCGCACGGGCGCCGACGCAGCAGGACGAGCCUGCACUUGGGAACGCGGAGGCGCAUACUCGGGGUUUGGCUGCGCAACAAGCUGAGCGCUCUCCGCGGUUGCUUCCAAGGCGCGGUCGCGACCCACGGACCCCGCCAUCACGACCGAGGCGUGAGCCGAGGACGCCAGAGCCCCGCUUGGCAGGGGAGGAGAUUGGCGAAAACCGCACGCCUGUAAUGCACAGCCCAAUCGCGAGGAGUGGCACACCUGGCGGACGACGCGUAGGCGGGAGAGGACCCCGAGGAAGAGGAGCUGGGAGGAGAGGAGGCCGACGUACAGGCGCGAGCGGCUAUGCGAGGACAGCAGAACAACUACUCCGGGAAGGCGCGGAAGGCGGCGAGGAAGCCGCUAGCAGGGAGGAGAGUGGUGAAUCGGAGAAUGACGAGAGUGACGAGGGUGACCCAGUGUACGCGGCAUUAGCAGCACGACACCCGCAAGCACUCCAGCCCUUACCAGAAUGGAUACGCACCUUCUCCCCCAAGAAAACCCCUUCGAUAGAGCCGCGCGACUUCAGGCGCAUCGUAGCCAAACUCCCAAACGGGGUGGGAGCAGGGCCGUCAGGCUGA